AACAUUAAAAGAGAACGUCAACCGGCGUUUCCAAAAUAUUGCUUUUGCUCAUCGGUUCAAAGGGUUUUACAUACGUGUUCGAUUACAUUUCGUGAUAAUAUUGUUUUAUUUUAAAUGAUUAUUUACUAGAAACUAUUAUAUUAGAAGUAAAACACAACAGCCAUGGCGAUAAUAACCACAUUGCGUCAAUUAGACGCUUAUCCUAAAAUUGAUAAAGAAUUCAGUAUUAAAACAGUUGGCGGAGCUACACUGACGAUAAUUAGCGGAAUCAUCAUCAUCAUUUUGAUUUACUCUGAAUUCAUGGCCUAUCUAACACCGACCAUAACCGAUGAGCUUUUUGUCGAUUCAACCCGAGGUCAUAAGCUCAAAAUUAAUCUGGACUUUUAUAUUCCGAGAAUAUCUUGCGAUUAUGUAUCUUUGGAUGCCCAGGAUUCAACUGGCGAACAACACCUGCACAUUGACCACGAUAUCUACAAACGUCGUUUAGAUUUGGAAGGAAAUCCAAUAGAAGCUCCAAAGAAAGAAAAUAUACAAGCUCCAAAACCAACCGUCUCUUCCACCUCCUCGACAUCAACUACUGAGCCUCUCUGCGGCUCUUGCUAUGGAGCUCAGACAAACACCACGCGCUGCUGCCAAACUUGUCAAGAUGUAAUUGACGCCUAUCGAGCUAAACAAUGGAACCCGGUGCUGGAGGAUUUCGAACAAUGUAAGGAGGAGGUGGCGAAAGGAAAGCUCAGUCUGGAGGCUAAAGCAUUUAAUGAGGGUUGUCAAAUCUACGGUUCGAUGGAAGUAAACCGCGUUGGUGGGAGUUUUCAUAUCGCGCCCGGCAAGAGUUUUUCGAUAAGCCACAUUCACGUGCAUGACGUGCAACCAUUUUCAUCCAGCCGUUUCAAUACGUCUCAUCGGAUAAACACGCUUUCUUUUGGAGAGGAAUUCGGAUACGGCCAAACCAGCCCGUUGGACGGUACGAUGGAAAUAGCUCAUGAUGGCGCGAUGAUGUUUCAGUAUUACAUAAAAAUUGUUCCUACUGAAUUUGUACCUCUCAGCGGGCGGAAACUGCACACCAAUCAGUUCUCUGUUACCACACACAAGAAAACGAUAUCUGUUAUGAGUGGAGAAUCUGGUAUGCCAGGGAUAUUUGUGAAUUACGAGCUCUCUCCGUUAAUGGUCAGAUUUACUGAGACACGCAGCUCUUUCAGUCAUUUCGCCAUCAAUCUAUGCGCUAUUAUUGGAGGCAUAUUUACAGUUGCUGGUAUUAUCGAUUCACUGUUAUUCACUUCCAUUCACGCGUUGAAACGGAAAAUCGAGCUCGGUAAACACAGCUAAUGAUGUUUGAUUUACAUCUAGACUAAUAUAUACAACUAAUGACAAAAGAUCUGACUUAAUUUAGCUUAAUACACUUUUGAAUUAAAAAUUUCUUUACAGCGUCUUCAGAUAA